AUGGAGCAGCGCAUCAACAUCCUCCAAAAGGAAAACGAAGCGUUGUACUCCCAGAUCAGAUCCACCGCCUCCAUCGCCACCGGGUCAAGGUUCCAGUAUCGGCGAGACACCUCUGGUCUAAACCGCCGCUUAGAUCUCGACGCUGCUCCAGACCAUCCCCUCCAUGUACCUUUUGGCGAACCAGCAGGCCCAAUCCUCGAACAGAUCCGCGAGUUCGACCCGCUGCCAAAUCAGCCCCGCUCUAACCCGAGUUGGCUUCCCCCGCCUCCAACUCAACCAUCUUCUGCAGGUACAUCGGCGGCCGCCAUCGCCACAACAGCUGCCCGGGUCUCCCCAUCUCAGGUCGGCAUGACGACAUCCACCAUGAUGUCGGUUCCCGCCUCCACUCCUGCAUCUCGUCCGUUACCACCCCCAAUGGUAACCAUGUCGAUGCCCCUGCCCGUCACAAUCCCGGCACAAGGACCGACACCGGCGACUCAAAUGCCAUGGGAUCAACUCUUUUCUCAACAAAUCGUUCAGCCUGUUGUCAACCUAGUUACUUCAGCACCCGGAGCACCCCCUAGUACCCAUGCUACCCAAGGAACGCCCCCUUACAUGAAACAAGUGGUGCCGCAGUUCACUCCUCACCAACCUUACAUCAUAUACUCACAAAACACCUACUACCAACACCUCCAAGCCAGCCUCCCCGAAACAUUCAGUCCCCUCAUCCCGGUGCUCAACAACAUCUGUGAAAACACUAAUCAUCUACUCCAACAACUUAUGACCAUGAUAAAAAAAAUCCCAGGAGUACCAACACCAAUCAAAGAAGCCAGCCUAGACAGUUAUGCCGACUCACCAUAUGCCGACCCCAUCGAUGCAAUCGACAUCCCAAAGGGAUUCAGCCCACCCAAUAUUCCCAUGUAUGAUGGAACGACCGAUCCAAGGGAGAACAUCUUGACCUACAAGCAGCGAAUAAUGACUAUCCCAGUUCCCAAACAUAUGAGCGAAGCUAGCCUUUGCAAAGGGUUCGGUUCGACAUUGAUUGGACCCGCCUUGAAGUGGUUAACCAGCCUGCCAAGCGGAUGCAUCACCUGUUUCGCUCAUCUCGACAACAUGUUUAAUCAGCAGUUCCCUAAGAUGCUUGGAGAAGCAGACGAGCGACCUGUACCAUGUGGUCCAACGCCCUGA